AUGACUUCUUUUAUUACAGUGUUUAAUCAAAGCUUACUCGAUACAUAAAUAUUUUAAAUGAAAUUCAGAAAUUUUAAUGAAAAUAACAAAAAUUUAUAAAAAUUUAUUUCUAAACUUUUUAACUUUGUUGUUAUAAAAUAUUUAUUAUUCAAAUAGAAGAAGAACACGAAGGAGCUUAAAAUAAAAAUAUAUGCUAUGAAGAUCGGUUACAACGUGUUUGCUACCAAUAUCAUUCUAUUUGAUUUUAUAUGUUGCUUUGUUGCCUGUUUACAACAGAAUAUAUUAAAUGAAAGUAGAGAAAAAGCUAAAGAAUGGCUGAUGAAGCAACGUAAGUUUGAUUGGAGUUGGGGUGUUCACACUCAUAGAGCUAUUAUUGCCCUUUCACUUUCGAGUGAAAGUUUUAAUUCUAGCUUAUUACAGGAUGGCUUUAUAAUUAAGCAACUACAAAUACAACUUUCAAAAGAACUAAGGAAUGUAGAAUCUUUGCCACCGUAUCAAAUAGCAUUAUAUAUUCAAGCUUUGUUAGCAAUUUGUUUAGAUCCAAGAAAUUUUAAUGGAUAUAACUUAUUAGAAGAAUUAAACAAGAAAAUUCAACACAUGGAUACAGUUAAUACAUUUCUUCCAUUGGCUUUAUGUAACGCACGAUUUAAAAAUGAUUUACUUAAUUUGGAAUUUUAUAAAAAGAUCAUGACAAAAUCUCAACAUCCAAAAUGGGAAGAUGCUAAAGCGUGGUUAAUAAUGACAUUUAUAUGUUCCAUACAAAAUGUCAUCGAAGAUAUAGGUAAAAAUAUUACAGAUUUUCGUUUUCUCAUAUCUUACAUUGAUGAAAUCGGCAAAACUUUGAAUAGUAUUAAAGAAGGAAGCAUUCAAAAUAUACACUCUAUUGCCAUUGUUGCUCAAGUAUUAUUUUCAAUCGAAAAAAUUCGAAAUAUUUUAAAUAUAACUGAUGAAAUAAAUUGGGGUAAAGAAAAUACCAUUAAAUAUCUUUUACAUCAUCAACAACAAGAUGGUUCCUUUGGAAAUAUUAUAACGACUUAUUUAGUUCUUCCUGUUCUAUUUGAACGAAGUUUAUUAGAUUUAAGAUAUGUCAAGUGUAAUUCGGAUAAUUUUACCCAAAAAAUUGAUUUAGAAAAUGAAACAAAAGUACCUCCAAAGACUUCUUUUUAUGAAAUUAUGCGUCUAGCUUCAGAACUGAAUAAAAAUUUUAGGUUUAGAUAUUUUAAAUAUCCGGACGGAAUUUAUGUGUAUUCUUUAGCUGACAUUAUAAACGAACCGGAAUCAGAUGAAAGUUGGCAAUUAUAUUCACUAAAAGGCAACAAACUCGAACAUAUCGAUGAAAGUCCCGAUAAAAUAUUUCCAAAAGAUGGAGAUAAUUUUGUUUAUUGGUAUUCGACGUCCACCCACUUGCUUCGAAAUAAACAAUAAUAAAAAGUUUACUAUCGUUAUUUCAAUUGUAAAAAUGUAUUCUUUUUUGUUAA